ACUAAUUCAGGUUGGCUUCUUUUCCCUUCUUUUGAUUCCUUUAUAGAAAAUUGCUGCCAUAUAAUUCCAGAUUUUCCAUGCAUUUAACAAUUUUAUUUCAUUGUUGAUGUGUUUUUAUUUUCUGGUCUGAGAAUGAGUAGAUUGAGAGAGAAGGUGGGAGAAAGGCUUGACCAUGGAGCCAGCGGCCUCAUCCUAAAUUCCUGAUCCCUGGAGGACACCAAGCCUUCCCUCCUGCUUCAGUGUGGUUUGUGUGGUCUGGGCUCCCCUACUGCUCAGAGGCCAGGGGAUGGCUCCACUGGGUAGUGAGUCUCGAAUUGCCGGCACACACUUGAGGGUCCCCGUCCAGGAAGAAGGAGCAGGAAGAGCACAUUGAGUACAGGCAGGAAAUUCCGCUUAAAUGCAAAUAUCCCGUGGGAGGGGUCAGGUCACAGCGAAGGGAGGAAGCCCACCCUAUCAAGGGCUGCGUCUGGAACCGCUUCAUCCGGCUCCACUCAGCUGUGUAAGAUCGCUUCUUCUGUCAAUCAGUUCCCGGGGGGGGCGGAACUUGGAGCUCUACCCAAUCAGUGUUGGGGUCGAGUUCGUGGGAACUGCCAAUCAGGCGCGCUGCCGGGAGGAGGGUGGAGCUUUCUCCACCCCUCUGAGCUCCUGGUCCCGGAUCGGUAGCUGAGAGACGCCCUGGCAGUUCAGUGGCAGGCUCUGUCACACUGAGUCGUAUGCUGGCAGCGGGGAGCCUUGGGGAGAACCCAGGACACCGUGGAAGCCGGGAAAUGGAUUCAGUUGCCUUUGAGGAUGUGGCUGUGAACUUCACCCAGGAAGAGUGGGCUUUGCUGGGUCCAUCACAGAAGACUCUGUACAGAGAUGUGAUGUGGGAAACCAUUAGGAACCUGGACUGUAUAGGAAUGAAAUGGGAAGACACAGACGUUGAAGAUCAGCACAAAAAUCCCAGGAGGAGCCUAAGAUGUCUUAUCGUAGAGAGAUUCAGUGAAAGUAGCCAGAUUCCAGGUAGUACUGUGAAUGAAAAAACUCGUGGAGUAGAUCCAUGUGAAAGCAGUGUGCAUGGAGAAGUCAUCAUGGGUUGUUCAUUCCUUAAUUGCUACAUUACAUUUGAUGCUGGACACAAACCAGAUGAGUGUCAGCAAUAUGGAGAAAAGCCACAUACACAUAAACAAUGUGGGACAGCCUUCAAUUAUCACCACUCUUUUCAAACACAGGAAAGACCUCACACUGGAAAGAAGCGCUAUGAUUGUAAGGCAUGUGGGAAAACCUUCAGUUCUUCGGGAAACCUUCGAAGACACAUAAUAGUACAACGUGGAGGUGGACCUUAUAUAUGUAAGUUGUGUGGGAAAGCCUUUUUUUGGCCUAGUUUAUUUCGUAUACAUGAAAGAACUCACACUGGAGAGAAACCGUAUGAAUGUAAGCAGUGUUCUAAAGCCUUCCCUAUUUACAGUUCCUAUCAAAGACAUGAAAGAACACACACUGGGGAGAAACCAUAUGAAUGCAAGCACUGUUCUAAAGCCUUCCCUGAUUACAGUUCCCAUGUAAGACAUGAAAGAACUCACACUGGAGAAAAACCCUAUAAAUGUAAACAAUGUGGAAGAGCCUUCAGUGUUUCCAGUUCGCUUCGAAUACAUGAAAGAACUCACACCGGAGAGAAACCCUAUGAAUGUCAGCAAUGUGGGAAAGCAUUUCAUCAUCUGGGAAGCUUUCAAAGACACAUGAUAAGGCACACUGGAGAUGGACCUCAUAAAUGUAAGAUAUGUGGGAGAGGCUUUGAUUGUCCUAGUUCACUGCAAAGUCAUGAAAGAACUCACACUGGAGAGAAACCCUAUGAAUGCAAGCAGUGUGGAAAAGCAUUAUCUCAUCGUUCAAGCUUUCGAAGUCAUAUGAUAAUGCACACUGGAGAUGGACCUCAUAAAUGCAAGGUAUGUGGGAAAGCCUUUGUUUAUCCCAGUGUAUUUCAAAGACAUGAAAGGACUCAUACUGGUGAGAAACCCUAUGAAUGUAAAGAAUGUGGUAAAGCCUUCCGUAUUUCUAGUUCCCUUCGAAGGCAUGAAACAACUCAUAGUGGAGAGAAACCCUAUAAAUGUAAAUGUGGGAAAGCCUUUAUUGAUUUCUAUUCCUUUCAAAAUCACAAAACAACUCACACUGGAGAGAAGCCAUAUGAGUGUAAGGAAUGUGGGAAAGCAUUCAGUUGUUUCACAUACCUUUCUCAACAUAAAAGGAUCCACACAGCUGAAAAACCUUUUGAGUGUAAAACAUGUAAGAAAGCCUUCAGUCAUUUUGGUAACUUAAAAGUCCAUGAAAGGAUCCACUCUGGAGAGAAACCAUAUGAAUGUAAGGAAUGCAGGAAAGCAUUCUCUUGGCUCACUUGCCUUCUACGACAUGAAAGAAUUCACACUGGAAAGAAAUCUUAUGAAUGUCAACAAUGUGGUAAAGCUUUCACUCGUUCCCGUUUCCUUCGAGGACAUGAAAGGAUUCACACUGGAGAGAAGAUGCAUGAAUGUAAGGAAUGUGGGAAGACACUGAGUUCUCUCAGUUCCUUGCAUAGACAUAAAAGGACUCACUGGAGAGAUACUUUAUAAAUGUGGGAAAGCAUUCAUUAAUUUUAUUUCAUUUCAAAAAUGUGAAAUAAAUCACAUAGGAGAUAAGCCUCAAGAAUGAAAACACAUGGUAAAGCCUUAAGAUGUUUCUUUUGAAUAUGCUUAUCCCCUAACCAUUUGUAGGGGAUUGGUGUGGUUCCAGACCCCCUAAGCGUACCGAAAUCCACAGAUGCUAUGUCCCUUUUAUAAAAUGAGAUUUGCAUGUAACGUAUCCACAUCCUCCUGCAUCCUGUAAAUCAUGCCUAGAUUAUUUAAUUUUUCACCAACCCAAAGCUUUUGUAAAAGUAAAAAUAAAAAGUAGUUUACUAAAAUA